AUGCCUGAUCCACCAGCACAAGACAGAAUGGGAAACGCGCAAUCAGAUACUGAUAAAAGAGUCCUGGUCAAAGCCCCUCCUCCGAUCGAAUUGGGUGCAAAUAAUAAAGCAGCAUGGGAAGCCUGGGAGGAUGCAUUCAAUUGGUAUGCAAUCGCUGUUGAGCUUGAUAAGCAGAAUGGCAAGAUUCAGGUGGCUGUCCUGAUGAGUGCCCUUGGCAGCUCAGUGAAGGAUAUCUUCGAAAAUUUCGGGCUGACUGACGCAGAGAAGUCUAACCUCACUUUGGUGAAGCAAAGAUUUAGGGAUUAUUUUGCACCCAGCGUGAAUGAAGUUUACGAGUCUUUCCGAUUCCACAACUUGGCACAGGAGGAGGAGGAGACCCUAGAUGAGUUUGUUACUCGUGUUAGGGUGCAGGCAAAUAAGUGUUCCUUCCCGGCGAAUGCCAAGGAAAGAUUGAUCAGGGACAAAGUAAUUCAUGGACUGAAAUCGAGUCACAUUCGAGAGGAGGUUUUGAGAAAGCGGACACUGACGCUCGAUGAAGCCAUUGCAAUUUGCAAAAGUUGCGAACAGGCUGAAGAGCAGUCGCAAUUUAUGACACUUGGGGCAUCCGGGAAGAGCGAUGUUCAUGUUGUGAAAAAAGUGAAGUCCGCGAAAAGGGAGACAAGUUCCUCCAGUUCCUCUGAAAAAGUUCAGAAAGACUUUGAGUGUGAUCGAUGCGGGUAUAAACAUGCCCCAAAAAAGUGCCCGGCAAGUGAUAAGAAAUGCAAUAAAUGUGGCAUUAAGGGGCAUUUCGUUUCAAAGUGCAAAUUGAGGAAAACUCAGAAAAAAGUGAAACAAGUAGAUACGGAUUCUGACAGUGAAAGUGUUAGUGACACCUGUGUUGAUGAACUGCGAGUAUUCUCCGUUAAUUGCGGAAAAGGAGACUCCUGGGAAGCUCAAAUGACCGUGGAGAAGAAGAAAAUUGUGGUUAAAAUCGACACUGGAGCUCAGUGUAACGUUAUUACGAAAUCGACGCUCCAGAAGCUGCAAGACUAUGAGAUUCUUCCAUCCAGGGUUAAGCGCUUGGUCGCAUUUAAUGGGGGACACAUUAAAGUUCAAGGUCGUGUCCAGCUUCAGUGCAAAAUUCGAAAGAAAGUCAUCCCAUUGUGGUUUCAAGUAAUUGGUGGUGACAGAAAUUGUAUCAUCGACGGAAAAUCAGCUGUGAAGGCAGGAUUGAUAGCCAAAAUUAACGAAGUGGCAGUUGAUGAGAAAGUGUUUUCCGGCCUUGGUCAAUUGAAGAAUUUUGAAUAUGAUGCAGAGCUGAUCGAGAAUCCUACCUUUGUGAUCCAUCCAGCACGGAAUGUGCCGUACAGAUUGAAAGAAGACGUCAAAAAAGAAAUUGAUCAGAUGGUUGAAAUGGGAGUUGUAGAGCCAUGUACAGAAGCCACAGAUGCCGUAUCUCCCAUGGUUGUGGUAAAAAGAAAAGGCAAGUUGAGGAUUUGUGCUGAUUUGACUGAUGUCAAUUCAAACAUUAAACGGAGGCACUAUCCACUUACAGGGAUUGACCAGGUAGCUGCUAACGUUUCCGGAAGUCGUCAUUUUACAAUCUUGGAUUGUAAAAAAGGUUUCUGGCAGAUACCACUAUCGAAAAAGACAUCCCGCCUUUGUACAUUUGCAACUCCCUGGGGACGAUUCUCAUAUCGAAGGUUACCUUUUGGACUUGUUUCGGCUCCGGAGUUGUUCCAAAGGGUUAUGAUGGACUUACUAGGCGAUCUGGAAGGUGUUGAAGUGUCUAUGGACGACAUUUUAAUUCAUGCAGAAACAGAAACUUCUCUCAAGAAACUCACUGAAAAAGUUAUUCAAAUUCUCAGUGAAAAUGGAUUGAAACUUAAUCGAGAAAAAUGCGUGUUCAAUCAAUCUUCUGUGAUUUUCCUGGGUCACAGAAUUUCUGCGGAUGGGCUUCGUCCGGAUGAGAGUAAGUUGCAAGCCAUAGAUCAAUUGCAGGUCCCCACAGAUAAAAAAUCUCUCCAAAGAUUCCUGGGAAUGAUUAAUUAUGUAGGAAAAUUUAUUCCCAAUCUUUCUGAUCGAACAGAACCUUUGAGACAGCUGUUGAAGAAAGACUCUUCCUGGGUAUGGACAGAGUAUCAGCAGCGAGCUUUUGAAAAACUUAAGAUGUUUUUGAAGAAUCCUCCUGUGUUAGCUUUUUAUGACGUUAAGAAGCCAAUCGUCAUGUCAGUAGAUAGCUCUUCAAACGCUUUUGGAGCUGUUCUUAUGCAAGGGGGAAAGCCAAUCGCCUAUGCCACAAAGUCAUUGACCAGUUCGGAGAAAAAUUGGCCCCAGAUAGAGAAAGAGGCCGGAGCAAUUCGUUUUGCUUGUCAAAAAUUUCACGACUACAUUUGGGGUCAAAGUGUCUGUGUGGAGUCCGAUCAUAAACCUCUGGAGACAAUAUUUUCCAAAUCACUAACAAAAGCUCCCCCUCGAUUGAGGAAAAUAUUGCAUGAGGUUAAGGCUUAUGAUAUAACAGUCAAAUACGUUAAAGGGACACUCAUCCCAAUAGCUGACGCACUAAGUCGUGAUUGUUUUCCGGAGCCAAUUGACAAUGACGAAGAGGAUGAAGAAAUCGAGAUCAACGCAGUUACGUGUUUGACAGAUGAUUGUUUGGACAGAUAUAAGAUGUCAACUCAAGAAGAUCCUGUUUUGAAUAAGCUGAUAAAAUUCAUUAUGAAAGGGUGGCCAGAAACCAGUGAUGAAGUUCCCAAAUCAAUCAGAAACUAUUUUACAUUCAGAGAAGAAUUGUCGUUUACGGAAGGAUUAAUCUUCAAGGGCGACAAAGUUGUGGUUCCGGAAACUGAGCGAAAGGGAGCAUUGAAAAAUAUACAUGCCGGUCACAUUGGAGUUCAAGCAUCACUGCGACGAGCCCGAGAUUUCCUUUACUGGCCAGGAAUGAACUCUGGGAUUACAGAUAUGAUUGGAAAGUGCCUUAUUUGCGAGAGAAAUCAGCGAACAAACCAGAAAGAGACAUUGAUGAUGAAAAGGAUACCUGAGUAUCCAUUCGAAAUCAUAGCCACGGAUUUAUUUACAUUCAAAAAACAGGAGUACAUACUCAUGGUCGAUUCUUACAGUGGAUAUUUUGAUUUCAAGUGUCUCAAAAAGACUGGUAGUAGUGCAGUGAUCAAAUUUUUGAAAGAUAAAUUCGCUGAUCACGGCAUUCCACAGGAGGUACACAGCGAUGGGGGUCCUCAGUUUGCUUCCAAAGAGUUUAAGAAGUUUGCUAAGGAAUGGAAGUUUGAUCAUGUCCAAUCCAGCCCCUACUUUGCACGCUCCAAUGGGCUAGCUGAACGAUACGUCCAGACGGCGAAGAAGUUGCUCAAAAAAUGCCGAGAGGAUGGUCAGGACGUUAAAUUGGCUCUUCUGCUUUCUCGAAACACUCCAGGAGAUGGUUUAAAAUCACCAGCUGAAAGGCUUUUUAGCCGAAAAACGAGGAAUCCCUUGUGCGUGAACCGAAACUUAUUGAUGCCGAAAGUUGUUGAAGAUAAUUCUGAGAAGUUGCAAGAGAAACGUGAGCAGCAAAAGAAGUAUGGAGACAUCGGAGCCAAGGAUUUCGAAGAACUACCCGAAGGUGAGAGAGUUCGGGUGCAAGAGAGAGACAAGUCUUGGAGUACCGGAACUAUUAAGCAGCAGAAAUCAGGGCGCUCUUAUAUCGUUGCUAUGGAUGAUGGAAGGAUUAUAUGGAGAAAUCGGCAUUUUCUUCAAAGGUCAAAAUUGGAAGAGUCUCUUUUAGCUUCAGAGACGCAAUCUCCUGUUCAUGAGCCAAUUGAAACAUCUUCUGACAGAGCGAUAGUAGAUGUGACACCGUCUGAUCCUUUACCUAAACUAGUUAAUGACACACCCGUGCAACUUGCUGAAUCGUCUUCUUCCGCUGGGAUUCAAAGUCCUGCAAGAGCUCCAGUUAUCACUACCAGAUCAGGAAGGGUGGUGAAGCCACCAGACAGGCUAAAUUUGUGA